UGUCAGGCAGAAAAACCUCAGUAUUCAGGGUGGCGCGUGUCCUGCUAGACGGCUUCAUCGUCUGCGGAUAUAAUUUAGAUCAUAGCAGCACAUUUUCCUGUCUUGAAUUAGUCGGUUAGCAUUGUAAACUUUUUUUUUUCUCUUCCUGUUUUCGCUAUAAUGUCUGUGGGAGUAGAGUCUGGAUUUUCAAGCGAGGAGGUCCUAAACAGCCGUUUCCCCCUCCAUCGAGCCUGCAGGGAUGGAGACGUCGGUGCCUUGUGCUCUCUCCUUCAGCGCACCUCGAACCCGGCUGACCUCGCCGCUGAGGACACGUUCUACGGCUGGACGCCGAUACACUGGGCUGCUCACUUCGGGAAGCUGGAGUGCGUGAUGCGUCUGGUCCAGGUGGGCUGUAGCGUGAACUCUAUGACCUCCAAGUUUGCACAGACGCCUACUCACAUUGCUGCUUUUGGCGGCCACCCUGAGUGUUUGCUGUGGCUACUGCAAGCUGGUGCAGACAUUAAUAGACAGGACUAUGUGGGCGAGACGCCCAUCCACAAGGCUGCUCGAGCGGGCAGCCUGGAGUGCAUCAACGCUCUCUUGAUUCAGGGAGCGAAAGCUGAGAUGGAGGUGAAAGACCUACUACAGUUGCAGCUUUCUAUCCCUUUGUGUGAGACCAGCACAUCUGCCCGCACAGCAUUUUUGCUUCUUGUAAAAAAAAAGACGAGAACUCCUGUUGGAAGCGUUAAUUUUGAAGGGGACAGGAAAUAUGCAACAAUCAUGAGGAAUGCCAGUGGGCUGGCAGCUGCAGACCUGGCCCACGCCCAGGGAUUCCAGGAGUGCGCUCAAAUUCUCGCCCAAGCCCAGAACCUCCAACAAAACAUGGCUCGGUCCCAAAACGGAGCCUUUCUAGAGCUCAUGAGCCACAAUGGGGUCCAGAACCGCCCCACCAUCCAGGGACGCAGCUUCUUGAAUGGCGUACCAAACAGAAAGAGGUCUUUUGAUGGGAUUGAGGUGAACCCGGGGAAAAAGGCGAGGUCAAAUGGGACGUCCCUGCCGUCCGCAUUUCUGAACGGGAACGGGCCACUAGGGGGCACUGGAGAGGCCCAAAUGGAGAGCAUGAGCGUGGAGAUGACGGCAGCUGUAACCUCAGUGAAUGGUGAGAGACUCUGUGAGGAUUUUUCCUCUAAUGACCCAGCAGCCCCAAUGCUCCUCGGCCAGCACAUCCGCAGUGACUCGCCCCAGAUGUGUGGCACUGCAGGAAGCCAGGUGGAGCACCAGAGGUCGGUGAACGCAGAGCAGCUGUAUGAUCAUACCCUCUUCAACACCAUGCUUCUCUACCACGGAUCCUAAUCUACAAAAGGCUGUAGACUGAAUUGAGUUUGAGCAUUCCUCCGCCUUAAAUCCAUCAAGUGUUUCAGUUGUGCAAUGAUGUUUGUUAUACCUAAAAAGGGCAAUUGUUGUUUAUGGGUCUCGAUUUUGUAUUGAAGUGUUUUGUUUGAGGGAAAAGUGUAUGUAUGACGCUUAGAAACAUUUGUGUUUCAAAUACUCUACAACAAAAGAUUGUCUGAUGAAGCACUGCCAAUGCUAUUUUUUGUUUGUUUCAUGACCUUAACUCUACGUCAAGAUUCAUCUUUGUAAGUUAAUUAAAAGAUUUUCCAAGCAUA